AUGGCAACCAAAAACGAGACGACGCGCAUGCGCAUCGACCGAAUCAAGGCAGACUUACGGUCGACUACGACAUGCACAAACACCACGGUGACGGCGCUCCAGGACUUACUGUCCGGUAAAGAGGAGGAUGCACCGCAAAAGGAGAACGUCCGAGUAAAGGUGCAGGCUACGGCACGGCGGAGAGGCGCGACAGCAACAGCUACAGCAACGGCGGACAUCACCAAGCAGAAGAACUCGACGCUUGCGCCAAAGGAGAAAUACGUCCUAGCGACUGAAGUUGCCAAUACGACGCUCCAGACACUCGCCGAUGCGCUGAAGAACCCGCUGCCCGCAGUCGCUGCUCGCCCCCCUACCAAAUCGAAGCCAACGACCGCCGAAGAUGCGCGCAAGCCGGCUAGACCGCGACUCGGUCAUACGACGAGCUCUUCCGUAUCCCAGAAGCCCCUUCGAGAGCGAUCCGUCUCUCAGCUCAAUAACUCGCCCCAAAAACGUGCCCCGCGUCGGUCGUCGUCGUAUUCGUCCUUCCUCGCACCAGGCCCAGACCCUGGUCUUCUCGCAACAGCAGAGUGCGCAAGGACGGCAUUUGCAUACUUGGGUACAACAGAGGCACAGAGAGUGCUGGGCAAGGACUCACAAGAAUUGCAGUACGAGAAUGGCGUGCUCGUGCUUAUUAGCAAGCUUGUCGCACUGGGCCUAGACAACAUGGCAGUCAAAGAGCUCAGAGGACUGAAGAAGAAGCUGCAUAAAUAUCUGUGCCAGGAUCCGGCAAAAGAGGAGCCUAAGUCUGGCCUACCGCAGCCGGGGACUGCAGAGAAGGAGAGCAUUGCGUUGUUUCUCGACUUUGCGACGAUCGACCCGAAGAGCCCUGCUGUGCCAUUGGUAGCGAACUUCCAGAUAUACACAUUGCGCAUUAUUGCGAAGCUCAAGAGGCCCCGGACUAUCGAAGCCACAUGGGAAUAUCUGAAAAUGACCAACUCCUCGUCACCUAUAAAUCUGCUCUGGCACACUGCAAAGACAUCGAACAGCCAAGCGAAGGCGGCGAGACAGUUGGAGUCCCUAGCGCAGACAAUUCUCUCCCUAUGCCCGAGUAUAUCGAGCGCAGAAGACUCUAACAAUCUACAACCAUCUGCGGAGACCGUACUUCUUCUACAACACUUGGCCUUCAGCACCCGGAAAAAGUGGUGGGGCCUGGCCAAGCAUCAAGGCAACGUUGAUCGGGAACUCUUAGAACCGUUUACAAAGUGCUUGGUUGCUUUCGCUCGCAGAUCAAAACUCACAUCCAGCAAGAAGUUCAAACUCGCGGAAACUUUGUACAUCGACCUGGCAGGGCUCCCGACUGAUUCCACUACACCGGCCGCUGCGAACAAGACUCUUUCCUCUCUAGCUCAAGCUGCGGGCUUGUCUGAUCAGGCCCUCCGGUGGCUAGGGUCGUCAAAAGAGGCUUCGAGCCUUGAUGCAUCCGCAGCCAAGCAAACAACAAGAGCGAUACGGAUUGCUAUCAUUAAUCUUGAGGCGUUUGUGAAGGGCGAAAAGAAGUCGGACCUGGAGGAAACUAUUGCUACUGCACUUGAUGUUUUGCAAGGAGGCUUAGGUGGAUCUGUGUCCGAUCUGGAAACCUUAUUUGCGGAGGUGAAUUUUCUGCGACGCGCUGCCACGCGAUUAAUCAUUGCAAGUACGUCGAAAACCACGGAAAGUUCUGAAAGAACAUCGAUCGAACAUCAUGCGGUACCAAUUAUUGCAGCAAGCGUGCAUUUCUUUGCCAGAUUUCUCGGUACUGCAUCGUCGAUUGAAUCAGACACAAAAUCGCAAAACCGACACUCUGAAAGAAUUAGCCUGGCCUGGAAAUGUGCGAAGAGUACUGUUGACUCUCUGAUGGCAUGUUGCAAGCAGACGAUAAAGACGCAAGACCAAUGGCAAGAGCUUGAUACCAUUCUUCAGGAAUGCUCACAUAUCGUACGCCGAUUUGAUGAAGAGAUCGAACACGGUACGCUUCCGGCAGGAGAGAACACUUCUCUCGUUGGCGCGUACCUGAUCAAACUGUCAAAUGCAUACUGGUCCCUAUAUUCACAACUGCGAAGAGCGCGGUGCAAUUCCGAAGCCCUUGUUGUAGCCAUGCAGCGCUCGAUUGAUCUUUUGCAAUCCCGGUCGCCAUCCGAGCGAGAAAGUGGGCUUCUUUCAAUGAAAUUAGAGCACCUGGGCGAAGCAUUGCAGGAUCUGAACCACAUCGAUCGUUCUCGCAUCGCCUUCCAAGAGUGUAUGCGAAAUCACCUUACCGUCGAGGCGUUGCAGCAACUUUCGAAGGAGACAUCUACAGCAUCCCUGCACAAGGUUUUCAGCACUGAUGGAUCUUUCGACGCUCUCGUCCGGGUGUUGAAAACGCUCCAUCACUCAUUCAUUCGAUUUGGACCCCAAGAACCAGAUGAGCUAGCCUUCUACGAUCAGGAAGAUUUGGAACCUGGAACGAGAGGAGCCAUCUUGGAGUUACAGCUUGGUCUCUACCUGCGAACGUUGUCCAAGAAUCGACAGUGGGACUCCAACCUCAACAAGUCGAUAUGUAUCCUUGUCGAACGACUGCAACAGCUUUACAUACCAGGAACCUUUCCGAUCCGACAUCUGAGGCUCUCUGUCACACUUCUUCAACUUUCCCAACAGGACCCGCAGAUCUUGCCCCAGCACCUGACUACACUUGAUGCCACAGACGACGACAGCGUGCGGACAGCAAGUAGUGAAGACGUAGGACUCAAGCACUAUGAAGCCCAUCUAAAAGCGCAUCGUGAUCUCAAGACCUUGAUGCAGCAGGCUUCUCCUCCCACAGAAACCUUCAAGCAGUGCUUUGCGGCGUGGGAGUCUCUCGUCAGCUCUACGUUCUCAUGGGAAGCACUCACAGAUCGGGUCGACAAUACGGAGACCUGGUUGCAAGACCUCCAAGCAUGUCUUGAAUUCCUCAACGCGAAAGGAGAGGAGUACGCUGCUCUACCACUCCUGCAUUUUUUGGUCAAGGUUUUAGAGCUACGGAACGACUCUGAUGCAUCCGAGCUAAUCACCACGCUGUGUGCCCUCGGUCUGCAGUUUCUCCACCUUGGUUACACCGGCAAGGCGGGUUUAUCCUUGGCCAAGGCUGAGGCGUUGAUCGAACGCCAUGGUCCCUCUGUAGAGGUCAGAUUGCAAUGGCAUAUGGCGUAUGCCGAGUACCUUGUGGGUAUCGGAAAUACCACCAAAUGUCUGACUACUAUGACGAACGCACAAUCUCUUGCGCUCAGCGAUCGACAAUUCAUGGAUCUCGCAAAGUCAACGACAACCCUCUCCGGUAGAUUACGGUUCAACAAGAUCGUGGCGGCUGCGUCCUAUGUUCAGUCGCUUCUCGCCUCAGCUACUGGCUCAUACAAGGCAGCGGCUCAGCAUGCAAGGCAGUGCGUCACAGUCAAUCGUCGCAUUUGGGCAGCCCUCGAAUCACGGGCCAAUGCGAAGAAAAUGACAACCGUGGACAGCAAGGAACCUAUUGCGCCUCUUGUCAUGUCUGUAACGCAUGAUGCUCUCAACGGGCCUGACUUCUGGUCCUUGGUUCCCGCGUUAUACCGAGCCCUGAUGCAACAGUCCCAGAUCUUCGCCCAUCAAGGUCUGUUACACGAAGCUAUCCAUGUCGCUGAACAGGCUGAAAAGGUCGCUUUGGCUACAGGAUCCGCAACUCUCAUCACGGACAACGCUAGUUGGCGCGCUGACUGUUGGGCCCAGAGCGGUAGACCCGACAAGGCUGAGACAAUUCUCAAUGCUCUGAGCCCCGAUACAUCCCGCAAAUGCUUGUCUACUGCAGGUUACCAUUCAGCUGUAGCCAGGAUGCAUCACUGGAACGGUCAAUACGAGCAAGAAAUCCAGUCUUAUGACCUCAUGGAGAAGCUUCUCCAGGAGCUGAGCUCACCCUCGUACAUCAAGACGUUGGAGACUUCGUCACCCUCGGUCGAUGCGCUUGCUGAUCAGGUCUCUUCUAUGACUCUAGAGACUACAGAGAGUGUCACGGCGAAGCCAGCCACCAGAGGCCGUAAACCCGCUGCCAAAGCUGCACCAAAAUCGGCUGCGAGAACAACCGCCGGUGCUCGGACCAAGGCCACAGGGGCAACUGCAAAGGCCGUCACAACGACUAAGCGUCAGAUAGGGAAGGCCGUAGUAGCCGAAGCUUUCAGUAUCGCCGAACAGUGUUCUGCGUUGUGCGCUUUUCAGGCGAGCAUGAGAGACCGAGCUGUCCUUGCUAGCCUUCUUCACGAUGAUCUCGAUAAAGCCCUCAGCAUUCUUGAUGAGGCAGAGCAGCUUCAGGCCGGGCUGAGCCAAGAGGUGUCGCACAUGUGGGCUAUCUUCAAAGCAAAGCUUGCACAAAGUGCGAAGCAGAUUGCUGAAGACUUCACAGUGAACACUCUGCCAGAAUCGACCAUCGCUUUUCCUGCGUUUGGUCUCAAGGAACGAAGACUCUCGGACGCAGCCACCACCAAGAAGGCAACUGUGGGAUCUUUAGCAACUACUAAGACUGGUCGAGCGAAGAAGCAAGCCAAGGUGGACUUUAUGGAUACGCUUCGCGAAGCACGUGCACGACUCGUUGAAGCACACAGCCUGUGUGCUACCAAUGGAUCUAAUCACCUGUUCCGCCAAACCUCCAUGGCGCUAGGCCAUGUCACCGUUUUGAUGUCCGCCGUUUCUGGGACCGAGCUACCGGGCUCCCUCCACCCAUUAUACGCAGCCUACAUGAGUGAGCUCCCUAAAGUCAACGCCUUGCGCCUCGUGCAAGAAUCAACAGAGGCAGAGAAGCAACAACUGUCGCGCGAUGACUGCCUGCGAUGGCCAGCCGCUGAUUCAUCGCAUUUCGCCUUCAGCUCAGUGUCCAGCUUUCAGAAGGAGUAUGUUGAUAUCAUUCCGGAAACUUGGUCUGCUGUAUCUCUGGCACUUAGUGAGGCCCGCGAUGAGCUAUUCAUCACCCGGUUUGAGCGUGGCUUGUCUCCUUUCGUAUUGCGCCUACCGUUGGCUCGCCACGCUUCGCGCGAGAUGGACGAGGAAGAGUUCUCGUUUGAGGACGGCAAGAGGGAUUUCGAUGAGAUCAUUGAGCUCAGUGAUUUCAGUACGCGAUCUGCCAAGGACAUGGCCUCGAGGGAAGCAAGACACCAGUGGUGGGCCGAACGCGAAGCUCUGGACACCCGACUUCGUGAGCUUCUUAUCAACAUGGAAAAUAUCUGGCUGGGUGGCUUCAAGGGCAUCUUCUCUCAGCAUGAGCGUCAGCCAGCUCUCCUAGCUAAAUUCCGAAAGGCUUUGGAAGACAUACUCAACGAGCACCUGCCUUCCCGUAAGAAGAAGAGCACUCAAAAGCGGCCAGUCUUGGAUACACGGGUACUGGAGUUGUUCAUUGGGCUGGGCGACGCUAACAAUGAGGAUCUUGACUUGGACGAAGCGCUCAUGGAUCUCAUAUACUUCGUUGUGGACAUCCUCCAGUUCAACGGCGAGCGCAAUGCCUAUGACGAGCUCGAUUUCGAUGCCAUGGUCGUGGAGACGUAUGAAGCACUACGCGCCUAUCACAGCGCGUCCCACAAGCUUGACGCUGGUUCUCGUCACACGAUACUCAUCUUAGACAACAACUUGCAUGCGUUCCCCUGGGAGUCGUUGCCUUGCCUGGAGCCGCUUUCAAUCUCGCGACUACCUUCCCUUGCUGCCCUUCGCGAAAGAAUACUUUCCGCACGGUCCUCCACAACUCAGCAGGACGCUGCUCCGGGACAUUACAUAGCCACAAGUACGGGAGGUACAAGCAUGCUGAAUCCAUCCGGAGACUUGUCCCAUACUUCGAAAACCAUCAAACCGCAUCUAGACGAGCUUGCAGGCCCCUGGAACCAUAUCGCCAACCGCGCACCGUCCGAGAAGGAAUUCGAAGAUGCACUGCGUGAGAAGGAUUUGGUAUUGUAUUUCGGUCACGGCAGCGGUGCACAGUACGUCAAGUCAAAAUCAGUGCGACGUCUCUAUCCCGGCGAGCAAGAUGAAGGGGACAGAAAACCUGGCUGUGCGACCACUCUUCUCUUCGGUUGUUCGUCUGUACAUCUCACUGAAAACGGCAUUUUCGAGCCUUCGGGUAUGCUUGCGGCAUAUCUUACUGCGGGCGCACCAGCAGUACUUGGCAUGCUGUGGGAUGUCACUGACAAGGAUUGCGAUCGUUUUGCCGUCAAAGCGGGCGAACUAUGGGGACUAUGGCCUGAGGCACAGGAAGAUACGCCACCAUCCAAAACGCCCGCGAAAACGCCCGCGAAGAAGGCGAAGGGCAAGGGUCGAGUUGCGCAAUUGGCCGAGGAAGUAGAGAUUGCAAGAAGCGUAGACAGUGCAAAGAAGGGAAAGAAGUCUGCCAAAUUGGUGGAUGAUCGUUCGAACACGGGUCGGGUGCCGCAGAAAGGCGUUGGCUUAGACGAGGCAGUGCGAGAUGCGAGAAAGGCCUGCUACCUGAAGUACCUGAACGGGGCUGCUGCAGUUGUAUACGGGAUUCCAGUGUAUCUAGACUAG